UGGCCCUCGGAGGAGCGAGACUGGCGCUGGCGGCCUCAGGUCCAGGGUCGUCAUGGAACUGAUUCGCUGACCGACCCACCGGCUGCAGCCGUGCGUCCUGCUCGAAUCCCAGUGCCCCCGGCCCCCGGCCCGGUUCCCCCUCUUCUCCCUCCUCCGUCGGCCCGGUCCUGGUCCCGCGCGCCCCGCCGCCGCGCGCUGAGGAAGAUGAGGUGGUAGCGGGACCCCGGAUGACCCCGCGUCACCACUGCGAGGCGAAGAGCUCUGCCCGGGAGGAGGAAGAGGAGGAGAAGAAUGUUUCUCCAUCCCAGAGAGAUGAAGUGAUUCAGUGGCUGGCCAAACUCAAGUAUCAAUUCAACCUUUACCCAGAAACAUUUGCUCUGGCUAGCAGUCUUUUGGACAGGUUUUUAGCUACUGUAAAGGCCCAUCCAAAAUAUUUGAAUUGUAUUGCAAUCAGCUGUUUUUUCCUAGCUGCCAAGACUGUUGAGGAAGAUGAGAGAAUUCCAGUACUGAAGGUGUUGGCAAGAGACAGUUUCUGCGGAUGUUCUUCAUCUGAAAUUCUGAGGAUGGAGAGAAUUAUUUUGGAUAAGUUGAAUUGGGACCUUCACACAGCCACACCAUUGGAUUUUCUUCACAUUUUCCAUGCCAUUGCAGUAUCAACUAGGCCUCAGUUACUUUUCAGUUUGCCUAAACUGAGCCCAUCUCAACAUUUGGCAAUCCUAACCAAGCAACUACUUCACUGUAUGGCCUGCAACCAAUUUCUACAAUUCAAAGGAUCCAUGCUUGCUCUGGCCAUGGUUAGUUUGGAAAUGGAGAAACUCAUUCCUGAUUGGCUUCCUCUUACAAUUGAACUGCUUCAAAAAGCACAGAUGGAUAGCUCCCAGUUGAUCCACUGUCGGGAGCUUGUGGCACAUCACCUUUCUACUCUGCAGUCUUCCUUGCCUCUAAAUUCCGUUUAUGUCUACCGUCCCCUCAAGCACACCCUGGUGAACUGUGACAAAGGAGCGUACAGAUUACAUCCCUCCUCUGUCCCAGGCCCAGAUUUCUCCAAGGACAACAGCAAACCAGAAGUGCCAGUCAGAGGUACAGCAGCCUUCUAUCAUCAUCUCCCAGCUGCCAGUGGGUGCAAGCAUGCCUCUGCCAAACGCAAAGUAGAGGAAAUGGAAGUGGAUGACUUCUAUGAUGGAAUCAAACGGCUCUAUAAUGAAGAUAAUGCUUCAGAAAAUGUGGGGUCUGUGUGUGGCACUGAUUUGUCAAGGCAGGAGGGACAUGCUUCCCCUUGUCCUCCUCUGCAGCCUGUGUCUGUCAUGUAGCUUCAGGUGUUACCUUUAAGUGCAAGCUGAGGUCUACUACUCUGGGAGCAGGAACAUGGAAGACCAGGGAAGGUAUAUACUGAGUCAGGCUGAUUUGAAGUGAGCCAGAAAAGAAACAAAACCAUUUAUUAGUGUGGCUAAUUAUAAUUCAACAUUAUUUAAGCACUUAAAGACCAAAUAAAAGUAUAAAAUUCAAAAGAUCCAACAAUUUUAAGUAAAAAAUUUCUUUGUAGUAUUUGUCAGUUCUGCCAUUUACUCUGCUAAAAUGUAAUGUAGGCUCCCCAUGUUAAAAAUUCACAUUCAGUGUUGUGUUUUUUUAAGUCCCAAAAUUCAUAGCUAGCAAACCCUGUCCCAUGUCCUGACUUAAUUUUUCUCUUGCUUUUGCUUGCUUUGUUAUUGAAUACUUAAUGAAUUUUAUGCAUGUUGAUCUAUAUAGCCUGACUUCCACUGAUUAGGAAACCCUCAAAAUUAUUUUUUUAGCAAUUCAGUGAACAGAUUAUUUCAGAUUGACAGCCAUAUUUAAUCCAUGAUUCAAAUUCAAAUUAAUCUGAAAAGGUACUUCAAAAUUGCCCCAAAUGAAUCAGAGAUGAUAAUAGAAAAAGGACUCACAUUGCCACAUUGAUUUUUGUGUUUGUCUCAUUUCAGUUUCUAGGAUUUGGAAAAAAAAAUUAUUUUUAUUUUUGAUGAUCUUAAACUGAAACUUAAAAGUGUCAUAUAAUUAGGAUACUUUUAGAUUUGCAAAAGCAUUUUUGACAUUUGGAUAAGAAAUUUGUGAUAAAUAUGUUGAGGUACUUAUCAAAGAAACGUAACAACUAAAAUUUAGAUUUUAUUUUUUUGUAAUUUAUCAGCUCCUUUUCACUCUAUAAUCAGUAGGAGAGACUGUCGUGAUGUUGGGGCAGCUCUAUGAUUGGGUCUGUGACAUGUAAUAACUGAAUUUAGUUCCCUAGUUUUAUGUUAAGCUAUUAGGAUUUUCUGGAUAAAAGUUAUUCUCUGCCUCCCAAGCCUACCUAUAUUUCUCUUAGUGACUCCUGUAAUCUGAGCUCCCUGUGCAGUCUGAAGAAGGUAUUGCAGCCAGAACCAGCCAUGUACUGAUGAUGAUAAAAGCC